CAACAAUCUCACCCGUUCGCCACCUCGUCCCACCGCCAGAACGGCUACCAGUCCACGGUCCGCAACCUACGCAUCGGCUCGUCCACACGCGUCAUCUUCCAGGGCUUCACAGGCCGUCAAGCCACGGCCAACGCCCAAGAGUCCAUAGCAUGGGGUACCAACAUCGUAGGCGGCGUCACCCCCGGCCGCGAAGGCGAGCACCUGGGCCUCCCUGUGGUGCCCACGGUGCGGCGCGCGAUGGACGAGCUCAAACCCAACGCCACAGGCAUCUACGUGCCCGCCCCGUUGGCCCCAGCAGCGAUCGAGGAGGCCAUCGAGGCUGAGGUCCCGCUCAUCGUCGCCGUGGCCGAGCACGUCCCGCUGCACGACAUGCUGCGCAUCCACAGCAUGCUGCGGACACAGGACAAGAGCCGUCUCGUGGGGCCCAACUCCCCCGGCAUCAUCUCCGCCGCCGAGGAGCAGCGGUGUCGCAUUGGGUUCCAGCCGCUGCCGUGCUUCAGCGCAGGGCGCGUGGGCAUCGCUUCCAGGAGCGGCACGCUUAGCUACGAGGCCGUGGCAUCCACGACGAGGGCGGGGCUGGGGCAGAGUCUGUGUAUCGGAGUGGGUGGGGACGUGUUGCCUGGGACGGACCUGGUCGAGGCCCUGCAGGUGCUGGAGAUGGACCCUUACACCGAGGCCAUCGCGCUCAUUGGCGAAAUUGGGGGGGACGGCGAGGUGUUGGCUGCGCAGUGGAUCAAGGACUACAACGACCGCACGGCCGAGGCGAGGAGGAAGCCCAUUGUGGCUCUUGUCGCGGGCAGGCAGGCGCCCAAGUACAGGGUGAUGGGCCACGCAGGCGCUUUCUGGGUUCCUGGAGAGCCCGACGUCAAGCAGAAGGCGGAUACGCUGGCGGCUGUGGGCGUGAGGCUUGUCAACCACCCUGCCAAGAUCGGCGCUGCGCUCAAGGAGAUGUUGGACGAGAAGGCACGGGCGGCGGUCACAGCAGAGACGUCUACGACAGCAGUGCCAGUUUCUAGUACCACUUGUCCACGACGACCCCAGCCGGGCCAACAUCGCAGCCUCCACCUCAGCCACGAAGACAGCCUGAGCCUCCUUAGGGAAGAGAAACUCAGCAGCCAAUUCGAGACCGACAGGUUCCCUUGCCGCUACCUCGCCAUCGGCAUAGACCGCGCGUCCAGGUCACAAUGUAUCCUAGCUGCCAUACUCGCAGGCGAGCAGAGCUACCGAAAACCCCGUCUCUUUCACAAGAUCCUUCUCCCCGACGGCGUCACAAACAUUCGGGGCCUGAACAAGCAGGAAUGGAGAGACCUCAUAACCCUGCUCGCCAAGCGGCUCGACAUGGUCGAUGCCGAUUUGAACAAAAGACACAACCGCGCCCUGACCUUGGCGCUGCGCGACAUGGCGACCAUCUUCCAGACCAAAGAGGCCAAGUUGGUCAGCGCGGAGCUGGACUGGAUUGCCAGGCGACCCCACCCUAUCCAACUGAAAGACCUGCGCAUCGACCUGGACGACGCAGCCUACCACAGCAGCGGACGGGUCGCCGAGGUCCACGAGAGGUACGAGUCGCGAGAGGAGCGCGUGCCCGGCACGGCGGAGGCGGCGCGCCACGGCAUCGUCUACCACAGGCUGGCCCCCAAGCUGCGGCAGCACAACAUCGGCACGCUGGUCAACGGCGCGGGGCUGGCGAUGAAUACGGUCGACGCACUGCACGACGCGGGUGGCUACGCGGCGAAUUUUCUCGACACGGGCGGCAAGGCCACGGCCGAGACGAUCCAGCGGUCCUUUGAGGUGAUUCUGAGUGACGACAGGGUCAAGGUCAUCUUUGUGAACAUCUUUGGCGGGCUGACGCGGGGCGAUAUGAUUGCCGAGGGGAUCAUACUGGCCUUUAAAGAGACGGACAUCAAGGUUCCCGUCGUCGUGCGCAUCAGGGGCACCAACGAGGAGGAAGGGCAGAGGAUCAUUGCCGAGAGCGGCCUGCCGCUGUAUGCGUUUGAUGAUUUCGACGAGGCCGCAGCCAAGGCGAUCGAGCUCGCG